AUGGUCUUUGAGGGUGCAAAUCAGUUCAGGAAAACAGUGGCAGAUUAUGAUGUAGAGUACAGGAGGCAGAUAAAGCUAAGACCUAAUGAAAAACAUAGAGUGAGGGUGAAGUGCAAAAAUGCUAAUUGUAAAUGGUUGUUAUAUGCUUCCAUUGACAAGGACUCGGGUGACUUCAUUGUGAAGAACUAUCAUCCUGUUCACAAGUGUAUUCCAUUAAACAGGAACAAGUUGUGUAAUUCAAAAUUAAUUGCUAGAAAGUUUAAGGACAGAAUUGUAUCUCAACCAUACAUAAGGAUGAAAAUUCAAGAUUUGGUUAGAAAGACAUUGGGUCUUUAUGUUGAUAUGAUCAAACAAACCAAUCCUGGAAGCUCCUGUUGGGUAAAAUUUGAUAAGGAAACUGAACCAGGAAAGAACCUUUUUGUGUAUUUUUAUGUGUGCUUUCAUGCAUUUAAGCAAGGAUGGUUGGAGGGGUGUAGGAAUACAAUUGAAUUUGAUGGUUGUUUUCUCAAGGGAGCUUGUAAGGGUGAGCUAUUAGUUGUUGGAAAGAAUGGGAACAAUCAAAUGUAUCUAAUUGCCUGGGCAGUUGUGGAUACAGAAACAAAACAUAGUUGGAGCUGGUUCAUAAGGUAUUUAAUUGUUGAUCUAAACUUGGGAACUGGUGAAGGUUUGACUGUAAUGUCAGAUAUGCAAAAGGGACUUAUUCUUGUCUUGUAA